ACUCUACUCUUCAACAUUGAAAAUUGUUUUAGUUUUUUUUAUUGAUGGACGCUGUCGUUGUUUAGUGUUGGUUUUCAGAAGAGUCGAAGUUAAAAUGCUGGAGUUUGUGGAGGUUAGAUUUUAAACAAUAAAGUAACCUAUCUUUGCAAACGGCGAAACAUUAAUUUAAUCUCCAAGAAUAUUAAGCCAUCAUGGGUGAUACUAGUUCACCUAAACAGACUAGGUGCAUCAUUUGUAGAAACUCAUCAAAUCAAAACCAAUCAUAUAACAUAUUUAGUACAACCCUGGAUCGAGGAAAAAUUUUGCUUUCAGACUUUGUCAAGAAUGUUUUAAGUUGUUCAGUAUUGAUAGUAGUGUCACCUGAAUUUUUCCUUUGUAAAAGGUGUUUUUUGCUGUGUACAGAGUUAGAUUUAACACUCGCUCGUUGUAAUGAACUACAGGAAACUAUACAAACGUUGUUUAAAAAUGCAAAAGAAGAAGAUGAUGAACAAGUGGACAGUUCACAAGAGCAAGUCAAUGUCAAAACCGAACAAGUUGAACAGGAAGAAAUUUGUGAUGAAGUUCAAGAGGACCAAAUGGAAUAUGGUACAGAGAUACAAUGUGUAAAUGGAGAAACAAUUGAAGACAUAGAGACAUUUUUGGCAUCCGAUAUAGUGGAAAGUGAUGUUACUGUCGUUACAACUAACCCCGUACCCGUAAUGGAUGACAAUAUUGCAGAAGUUGAGACCGAUGCAGAUGAAAAUAACUCUGCCAAAGAAAACUCUACGGAAGAUAUCAACAUACCUAGAGACUCUGGUGAAAGUAAUAACAAAUUUACAUGUAGACCAUGUAAAAUGUCUUUUGAGAAUUUGGAACUUUUAAAAGUUCAUAAGAAUACAAAUCUUUGUAUAGCCACAACAAAAACCGCAGGAAUAAAAUCUACAUAUGAAUUCAAAAACUAUUCCGUUAAACUGAAGAAAAGGAAAAAAGUUUAUUUUUGUAAUCACUGCUCUUAUGAAACCCCAUCAUCAACUGCAAUACAGAAGCACUUGAUCACUCACAAAACCGACCCUUUAUUUAUGUGCGAUGUUUGCGGUAAAAGGUUUAAAUAUAUGAAAACUUUUAACAAUCACCUACAAAUUCACGAUGAAAGUAGACCUUUUGCUUGCUCACUUUGCCCAUACAGGGCAGUAAGUGAACUGAAACUAAAAAUUCACGAAAGGUUGCAUGAUGAUCAAAAAAAAUAUUUUUGUACGAAAUGUAAUUAUAAGACAUUGAAAAAAAUGUCUUUUCUUAUACAUUCUCGAACACAUACUGGAGAAAGGCCUUAUAGUUGCCCUGACUGUCCUUAUAAAGCAAAAGACUCCAGUACUCUGAUUCGUCACCGAAGAAUUCAUGGAGGUCUGAAGAGGUACCAUUGUCCGUACUGUGACUACAAGUCGGUUCAGAAGAACUCUCUCAAUCUUCACAUGAUGACUCAUACCGGUGAGAAGCCACACGCGUGCCAGCACUGCGAUUACCGGUCUGUCACCAGGCACAAUCUCAUGUCGCACAUCGCGGCCAGACACUGUGACGAUAAGCCGUAUACCUGCGACCUGUGUCCUUACAGCACCAAGAUGAAACGGCUGCUCACUUACCACAUGAGGAAACAUUCAGGAGAGAAGCCGUACGCCUGUCAACUGUGUGACUUCAGGGUAAGGUACAGAGGAGGACUGAGCUAUCACAUGAGGACCAAACAUCCUUCUGGUGAUCAGGCCCUUCCCCACCGUGUCCUGAGCAAGUGUGAGGUGACCAGGCUGCAUUUCCAGGGUGAAGAUGUUCAAUUUUCGGAUGAUGGGGAAUCGGACAUAGAGAUUGAGAUUGAAAUUUCGUAACUUAAUAAUUAAGUCUACAUCAGAUCAUAUUAUUGUUUUUAAAAGUUUGUAAAUAUAUUAUGUACACUUUA